AUGAAUCAAGGUAUACCCUCCUCUGCAAUUAUGACACAACGAAAAUUACAACAACAACAACAACCUAUGAAAAUGGAUUCCACACAAAAUAACAACGCCAAUGCUACUAGUCAAUCUGUCGUACCAACAGCUGCUUUAGACCCACUUACUCAAUCAACAGCUGAAACUUGGUUAUCAAUAGCCUCUUUGGCUGAAACUUUAGGCGACGCCGAUAGAGCAGCAAUGGCUUAUGACGCAACUUUACAAUACAAUCAGAACUCAACAAAAGCUUUGACUUCUUUGGCUCAUCUUUAUCGUUCAAGAGAUAUGUUUCAAAGAGCUGCAGAGUUAUACGAAAGAGCAGUAACAAUAAAUCCAGAAUUAUCUGACGUAUGGGCUACACUAGGUCAUUGUUAUCUAAUGUUAGAUGAUUUACAAAGAGCUUAUAAUUCUUACCAACAAGCCCUCUACCAUCUUUCAAACCCUAAUGUACCGAAAUUAUGGCAUGGUAUUGGUAUUCUUUACGAUAGAUAUGGAUCCUUAGACUAUGCUGAAGAAGCCUUCGCAAAAGUACUAGAAUUAGAUCCACAAUUCGAAAAGGCAAAUGAAAUUUAUUUCAGAUUAGGUAUCAUCUAUAAACAUCAAGGUAAAUGGAAUCAAGCUUUAGAAUGUUUCAGAUAUAUCUUGCCACAACCUCCAGCUCCUCUACAAGAAUGGGAUAUUUGGUUCCAAUUGGGUUCUGUCUUAGAAAGUAUGAAUGAAUGGCAAGGUGCAAAAGAAGCUUAUGAACAUGUAUUAUUACAAAAUGAUAAUCACGCUAAAGUAUUACAACAAUUAGGUUGUCUGUAUGGAAUGAACAACGUACAAUUUUAUGAUCCUCAAAAAGCUUUAAAUUAUCUACUCAAAUCGUUGGAAGUCGACCCUUCAGAUGCAACAACUUGGUAUCAUUUAGGUAGAGUCCACAUGAUCAGAAGUGAUUACACCGCAGCUUAUGAUGCUUUCCAACAAGCUGUCAAUAGAGAUUCAAGAAAUCCAAUAUUUUGGUGUUCUAUCGGUGUUCUUUACUACCAAAUAUCUCAAUACAGAGACGCUUUGGACGCCUAUACAAGAGCUAUCAGAUUGAAUCCAUACAUUAGUGAAGUAUGGUACGAUCUUGGUACCUUAUACGAAACUUGUAACAAUCAAUUGACUGAUGCCUUAGAUGCUUAUAGACAAGCUUCAAGAUUAGAUCCAGACAACGUUCAUAUCAAGAAAAGAUUAGAAGCUCUAACACAACAAUUAUCUCAACAACAAACUCAACAGCAACAGCAACAGCAACAAAUACAAAAUCCACCAGUUAUGCUACAACCAACUUUACAAUCAAAUGAUCAAUCAAACCCACUAAAUAAUAGACCUACAUCAGUCUACAAUACUGUUAACGGUGCCCCAACUGCUCAACUACAACAGCAACAACAACCUGUCAUGCCCCAACCACAAGGUCAAAUGUCCCAAAUUAGAAAUAAUCAAAUUCCACAACAACCAUUACCCCAACAGAUGACAAUAAAAUUGAAUAAUAUUAAUGAACCAGCUUCCGUGCCCCAACAACUUGUAAAUCAACCACAGUUGCACCAACAACUUCAACCACCACCACAGGUACCACAACAACAGAUACUGUCACAACCACAGGUACCACAACAACAGAUACUGUCGCAACCACAGGUACAACCACAGGUUGUAGCAGUACCUGUACCAGCAACUACCCAAAUGACUGCUCCUCCUCCUGUAGAACAACCUGUACCAAAAGAAGUCGAAGUAACUCAAAAGUCUCAAACUCCUGCAGCUUUACCUGUCGCACAACCUACAGUAGAUGCAACUGCCACUGCACCAGAAUCCUCUUCUCAACCUAAAAUUGAAGAACCACAACAAGAGGCUUCGGAACAGCAGAAAGCUGCGUCUGUAGAAGCACCUGUUGAAGCACCUGUUGAAGCACCUGUUGCUAAGGAAACGAUGCCUGCUACUGCACCCAACCCUGAAGCAGCAGUGUCGCCAGUUCAGCCAGCUGCAUCUCCUUCCCCAGUGGUCACCGAGACAGCCGCCGAACCAGCUCCUGAAGUUUCAGAAGUCGCGCCUACUACAGAUGCUGCAUCAACGGUACCAGCUGAAGAAUCUAAGGAAGCUCCAACUGCAGAACAAAGUACGAUAGAGGCUUCUGUCACUGCUGAAAAAAGUCAUACUCCGGUACCUGCUCCAAUUGUAACCGAAGAACCUGUAUCUAAUGAACCAGCCGCUGUACCAGAGGAAACUAGUCAUACUGCAGUACCCGUGCCCUCUACGGCAGUGGAAGAACCGGCAAAACCUGAAAGUCCUUCAAGCAUACCUCAGAAGAGACCAAUUGAUGAUGAAGAAAAAAAGAACGAAACACCAUCAAAUGAAGUUGCUACUAAAGAGGAAAAUGAUGAACCGGAAUCUAAAAAACUGAAGAAUGCUACCGAUGAAAAUGCUAAGGAAGAAGAAGCCAGUGAAGAAACAGUCAUAAAGCCAAGUGAUGAAGAAAUUGAAAAGCUGAAAGAAGAAGCAAAACUAAGGGAAGAGAAGGAAAAAGAGUUAACAGAACUAGAAAAUGGUACGGAUGAACAAAAAGAUAACGUCGAAAUCAAAGAAGACGUUGUUAGACAAGUAGAAGAGGACGAAAACUAUGACGAUUAA